GCGAGCCGAGAGAACGCAGGAGCCUCUCUAGCCGCCUCUUCUCUGCUCCCGCUGACGGCGCGAGGCGUGGGCGGGCUUGAGCGGCGCCGCUGCGCAUAGUCCGUGGACGCAGCCGCGGGGAGGAGGAGGUGGGGCAAAAUGGCGGACGGCAAAGGAGGCGACGUGAAGCUGAAGCGGCCGCUUCUUGACGGAGGACCUGAAGAAGAGGCAGAAAAACCUGUGAAAACUAAGACUGUUUCUUCCAGUAAUGGAGGGGAAAGUUCGAGUCACAGUGUGGAGAAGCCGGCAACUGAUGAAGAAACUGACGACCCCGACACAAAGCCUGCUCCUGCCAAAAUGUCCAAGUUUGGGUUUGCCAUUGGCACACAGGUUGCAAAGAAACCACCUGCAAUAUCCAUCAAGCUUGGAGCAACUAAACCUAAAGAGCCUACUCCAACCCUAGCUCCAAAAACGCUUUCUGUAGCAGCAAUCUUCAACGAAGAUGAAGAUAGUGAACCUGAAGAGAUGCCACCAGAAGCUAAAAUGCGCAUGAAGAACAUUGGAAGGGAUACUCCAACUUCAGCAGGACCAAAUUCUUUCAACAAAGGAAAGCAUGGGUUUUCUGACAACCAGAAGUUAUGGGAACGGAACAUGAAAUCUCACCUUGGAAAUGUCCGUGAACAUGAUGACUAGCUGUGUAUUGAGAUCUGAGUGUUGGGAGAAAUGGGAGGGUAUGAUAUUAAAGGAACAGUUUCCUUUUUUAGAGUGGUGUAUGGCUAUUUUGGGUGCCACUUUUAAAAGUUUCUAAGUGGUGCACAAAAAAACUGAGUUUAAAAGUAGAGGUAAUUUAUGUUUUGUAUACAGAUUUCAAAGCAUUUGCUAAUUUUGUAGCUUCGUGCAAUUAAUUUCACAAGGUUAUGGAAAAUAAAGACAUUGGAAGUGGUACCUUUUUAAGAAUUUUCUUUUACAACUAUUCUUAUAUGAAGACAGAGGAAAGGUUACUGUCUCUUUAAUCCAUUUAAAUUAAAUGCUGCUGCGCUCAAGAAUUCCAGCUCCUACUUUGUAAUAGAUUGCUUGUCUCCUUAAGGCUACUUUUAUAGAAGGGGAGUAACUUGCUAUACAUUGAGUUUGAUAGACUCUGGCUUUCUGGUCAGCAUAGAACCUGAAAAGACUACUGCAAAAAGUCAUUUAGUAUUUUAAACAUCCAUAAACUCAGACUUCUGGCUGUGGUAGUUUAGCUCUAAAGUCCUGUUUAGAAGCUUUGUGUAAUUUCUCUGUGGCCUGUUCCACUCUUAGACAUCGGUCUUACAUGUGUAUAAAUAUUAGAAAAAAGGUAAAUCAGUAUUUUGAUUGUUUUCUUAAUCAUGAGUCUUGACCAGUGCUUGUUAAUGUUCCUUUGUCAAUUUGAGACCGAUAAAGAAUAUCAGCAGAAAAAGGCAUUACCAAAAUGAUGAUUGUACUUUAGUUUUGUUUUCAAUAUUUCCCAUAAUCCCUUAAGAGGAAAAGAAAGCCACACACAAACCAACCGUUAGAAGCAUUAAUCCAUAUUUUGGUUUAAAGCUUUACUUUAAAUGCUAGAAGACCUUCAUAUUGUAUUUUUAAGUAAGGGACACGCUUGGAUUUUCAGACAGCAUUUUAAUUCACUUUAGUUUUGUCAUUAAAGCAAUCUGUACAACAUAACUUUACACUUUUAUCCCCAGCUGUUUUACAUUUUGUAUUGCUGGAACACUGUUGAGACUUAAUUUCUUUUAGCAAUAGAGUUUCCUGUCAAUUCUUAUUUCCCUAAUCUACCUGGACAAAUACCUAAAACACUUGAGGACUUUUCAGCAGGAUUUAAGUUGUGUAAGUAGUCUGGGGUUAGGUAAUAUCAGCAGUCCCAAUUGACCGGCGUAGCUGAAAUAGAUAAAACACUUCAGAAGCAGUAUAUGGGUCUAAAUUACUAGUUUUCAUAUGUAGUGUGAAUAUCAUGAUCAUAUUAUAGAUCACCUACUGUAUGUUAGUCACUCUCACUUCAGCACAACAAGAUUAUCUGGUGGGGGAAAUAGGCAUCCAAGUUUUCUUUUUACAAUUUAGAAGAGCUUUGACCAUGUAGACAUCUGUGUGUAAGAUCUAAGCAGUUUUGUAUUUGUAUGUGAAUUUUUGUUUGCAGUUAAAAAUCUGUAACGUAUAUUUUCUUUAAAGGCUUUGUUAUAAACAUAAGAGAUGUAAACAAGUUAUUUCUCUAGAGCUGCAGUUAUUGAAUUACUUGUGAAAGUUCAAGACUUUAAAAAAAGAUGAUUUAUCUUGGCUCCUUAUUAUUGAAGCCAAUGGCACAAUUAGCCCUUAACUAACCAUUAAUCAGGGAAAAGGAAAGAUGGCACUUUUAACCAUUUAUGUACCUAAAAUCACCACACACACACACACACACACAGCCCUUCAGUUUAUUAAUUCAUUUAUAGCCUUUGGGUGACCAAUGCCAUGGUCAGCUCUAGCCCAAUUCUAAAUAAUAAUCUUAAUGUGUGCUUGUUUUCAAUACCCUCCCCACCAUCAAAGCAAUGAAAAAGUACACAAAUCCUUUACCUCUGGCCUAUGAUAUGCUAACCUCUUGAAGUUUCACAAGAACUCUUUGAAGGAGGAAGGAAAAGUCUGGAGUAUUUGUCAUGAUUUAUUUCCAAGUUGGGGAAGAAAUGGUGGGAACCAAAAGCUGUAACUUAUUCUUCUUUGAGCUUUGCUUGUGCUGAUGUGUAUAAUCUUUAGCCAUGGACUCUAGCUGCUGAGGCUAGUGUUUUUAAGUAUAAAAACUUGUCAAGUAAAACUAAA